AUGGAAGACAUGUGGGAUCUAUUUAGUCAAGUUAAAAUAAAUAUCCCAUUAGUCAAACUUAUUAAGGAGGUACCUUCUUAUGCUAAAUUUUUGAAGGAUUUGUGUGUUCAAAAACGCAAACUCCAAGCACACCUCCCUAAAAAUAUUGACUUAACCGAGCAUGCAAGUUCCAUAAUAUCAAAUAAACUUCCACCCAAGCUUAAGGAUCCCGGAGCACCUUUAAUUUCUAUUACCUUAGGUAAUAUUAAUAUCAAAAAGGCGCUCCUUGGUCUUGGAGCAAGUGUUAACAUAAUCCCAGGAAAUCUUUUUGAUCAACAUGACUUACGUACUUUGGAACAAACUGAUAUUAUUUUAUUAUUGGCCGAUAAAUCACCAAAAAUUCCCCGGGGUAUAUUAUCAGAUGUCAUCAUUAAGGUGGAAGAUUUUUAUUACCCAGUUGAUUUUCUUGUUCUUGACACUGAAAGCACCUAUAAAGAAAGUCAACCUUCUAUUAUUUUGGGUCGCCCGUUUUUGGCUACAAUAAAUGCAAAAAUUAAUUGUAGAACGGGUGUCAUGGAUAUCUCUUUUGGAAAUAGGAAACUUAGAAUUAAUAUUUUUAAUACGUUUCCUAACUCACCAUCAGAUUAUGAAUGUUAUCAUGUGGAUGUGGUUGAUGACUUAGUGCAUCAAUUCACUCCUAAAAUCUUACACCCCGAUCCAUUGAAGUUUUUUCUUUCUAAUGACAGGGACGAAGUUUUAGAAUAA